GGAGUGCCAGAAAUUUUUUUCAUUCUUUUUAUCGUAAGGCCAAUAAAUGGAAUUUCGUGUGAAUGAGUGGCAGUUUAUACUCAACACAGGCACAAGUGUCUGAUCAAAGAAUUGAGUUUAGUAAAUGCGUAUUAUUGGCAGUGCUCCGUCAAGACGUUGAGGUUCUUGUGUUGACGAGUCAAGGGAAAAGGCGAGAGACAAACGUCAAAAAUGAGUGACUAACACACAUAAUCGAAGCAUAUUUUACUCAUCGGAGGGGGAUAAUGAGUAGGUGUGAGCAGGAAGAGUCCUCGAGGUGAAUGUUUCGUGGAAUAUUGUGUGAACAGUGGUAUUUAGUGGUAAAAAAAAUCAUUGUUGAACAUCAAGGAAUAUUGAACAUGAGGGGAACAAGGCGUUGUACAUAACCAACAAACAGUGACAAAUACAUAUCCGGAUGUUCAGACUCACAUGACUUUUUCGUGAUAACUAUUGCAGUGUUGAUCGAUUGGGAAUUCGCCUCCUGUUCUAUCACUUUGUACUGAAUAUCGUUGGUAAAUAAUUGGUGCGACUAAUUGAGAUAACUAAAGCAUAGAAGACUGAAAAAUUCUGAAUUGUCCGGCAGCUUCGAGUGGUGAAAUUCAUUGAAUGUGACUAGUGGUACUAUGGAAUUGAUGGUUACGUGAUAUUCCAAAGAUAAAAUAACAUGGAGAAAUUUGCUGUUGAUCUUGACAAAGUGCUUGAUGACUUUGAGUUCAAUGAAGAUUGUGCAGAGCAAGUUGCCUCAAUUGCUCCAGCGAGAGUCUCCCACCCAGACCAAAGAUCAAAGGACCACGAUUUAUCCAGUUCAGGUAAGACCCUAGAACAUUUGGACGAAGAGAAAUCCUGGCACAGCAAGAGUCACAUCACUGACACCAUUGACAUACGAAAAUCCGAUGAUCUCCACAACAACGAUGAAUCAGUCAACAAUUUUUCAACUCGUGCUUAUCAAAUGGCCGACGACAAAGUCCAAGAGAAAAGAGUCGUUGAUUUUCGGGAUAAUGACGAACCAUCGUCGACUAUUCACAAUGACAUAACACAAAAAUUGGUGAUGAAAAAACAGAAUGAUAAUCAAACAUCUAAAAAUCACAACAGUUACGAUAAAAAAUUGAAUCAACCAAACAUAAAGCCAAGCGUUAGUAAUGUUUUUAACAGUUUAAACGAGUACAUUAAUGCCACGACCACAAAUAUGGAGAAUAUAAGCUGUACCAUAGACUGUCAGAAAGAGAGAAAUGGUAAAUUAGUGAUAAAUCCCGAGAAUAAUGACACUCAAAUUCCAGAGGCCAAAUCCCAGAGGCCAGUCCGAGUAUUACCAGCUUAUCAGAAUAUCUUGUUGCCCAUGAAGUGCGAGCCAUCUGUGAGUACUCAAAUUCCAAACACUGAAAAUGAUAUGGUCGAGUCAAUGACAACUGGUCAACAUCGAAAGCAGGGUAAAGUCGACUGUGCAGAGCACAUUUACGAAAAUAUACAAUUUGGACAGAGUCUACCAGCAUCAAAGACAUCAAGGGUGCAGGAAGCCUCGAGAUCGUCGAGUCAAGACGAGACGAAACACAUCUACGAGAACGUUGACUUUGAUCAGUCUAGUGGAGGGAAAAAUGAUGACACUGUGUAUGCCUGCAUCUACAUCGGGAACAAAGACAUGCCAGAGACAACAACAGAGCUUGAAAAAGCAGCGAAACGACUGACCGAACAAUUCCCGGAUAAUAUCGUCAGUUCUGUUGAUAAAAAGUCAUCGGGACGUGAGGGUGAAUCCCUUGUCUUUCAGAAUGUCAAUCUCAAUGUUACGACUGAACGAAAACCCGUGGGUUUCUCCACAAUCGAUGACCUUUCGGAGGAGGAAUUGAAUAAAUAUCUGGCCGAGUUGGAGGCUGAAGAGAGGGCAAAGGAGGAGGCAGUGAUUUACGAGAAUCUCUCUGUACCAGGACCAUCGUCGUCAGCUCAUCACAGUCUCAAGGAGCAAACACGAUGCAUUCCGAGCAGACAUGCCGAUGAGGAUGCCAAUGAAGCGCCGAUAUUCGAGAGCGUGACUAUUGGAGAACUUCCCAGGGUGUCUGAGCAAAAGCUCCAGGAGAAAGCAAAAAAAUUAAGAGUCAUUGAUUACAGUAAGAGUGGAACCAGUGCUGAGUCGAGUAAUUUUUUAGAUCAGAAGUCGCUGGAAAAAUUCACCGAUUGUGACAAAUUGAUGGGAGAUGCAAAGGGAAACAUUUCUAACAAGACAACUGUUGGUGGUAAAUCGUCUGUCAGUGAUAGUGGCACCUCGAGGGGGAGCAAUGGCGAGGAAAUUGCAGGUGAGAAAGAACAACACAUCGAGCAGAGGAAUGAUAACUCAGAAAAAAAAAUAUCGAGAGCUGAAGCUGGUGAUGCAACGAUUUCUGAUGAGACCAGCAGUCAUCAGGAUCGACAGACUAUAGGAACGUCUGGAGGAGCAGUUGAGGGCAGCAGCACUGCUGAUGGCCCUCAGGGCGAUGAUUUUUCUACGGAUAUUGCGAAGGGUGAAGAUGAGAAUAAUUCAACGAUUGGAGAAGAAGAUUACGUUGAAGAGAAUGUUGAUAAGUCGGCGAGACCUCAGACUCUGGAUAUCGUUUCUUCUGUCAGUAUGGAAGAGUCUCCAGUGAUAGACUCAUCAGAAACAGCAUCACAGUUUCCUUCGAGUGGUGCGACGUGCACUCAAGAGCAAAAUCCAACGAUUGAAGAAUCACAGGAUCAUCUCCGUGAACCCUCACCCGAUGCCUCUGAUAAUUCAUCGAUGGAGUUUGGAAUUAUACUUGGAAAGCAACCACCAUUUUGGAUUCCAGACGGCGAUGCGCCGAAUUGCAUGCUUUGUGAUGUUAAAUUUAAUGUCAUUAAAAGGCGACAUCAUUGUCGAGCCUGCGGAAAGGUAUUGUGCAACAAAUGUUGCAGCAUGAAGUAUAGACUUGAAUAUCAAGGAAAUAUGGAUUCUCGCGUGUGUGCACUGUGUUAUCAACAACUCAUCAGAGCUGAGACUGAACCGGGAGGUGGUGAGUGGGCGUCUGGUUACUUGAAUAACGUGGAUGGUGGUAUCAAUUCACCACAGGGAAGACAGCCCAAUCCAAAUAAUCCAAUGGAGUAUUGCUCAACAAUACCACCUUUGCAACAGUUAGCUGGCAAUUUACCACCACCACCAACUGUUAUGGUGCCUGUUGGAGUUCUUAAACGUGAAGGAAGCACGAAGCAACGGACCGAGGGCCAAAAAUCAGUCAUGUUCAGUGAUGGAAUAAGGCCUGGCUGUGACCUGACAGAGCUCGACACAUCGUGGAAUCCCAAGCCACCCUAUCGUAAGGCAAGCAACAAGAGAAUAGCAUCGCCAGGGCAGCAGUCAACAACAACAGCAAAACGACAAAAUCUACCGCCAUUAGAUCCACACACCAAUAGCUACAUUCCGGGGGAUACAAAUAUGUUACCACCAACUGUGACCAUCCACAAAGGCCAAAUCAGUUAUCAAGAAGUUGGGGACUCAGUUGCACUGUACGAAUUACUUAAGAACGAGAACGAGCCACCGGUGAUGUUCGCCAUCAACAGGAAUCUCUAUGCAUAUGUAAAGAUGACGAAUUUAAACUGCUGUGUAAAUAAGCUCUGCUGGAAUGUGACAUCACGUGGUCUGGCAUGUGUCGGUCAAGACGAAGUGAUCCUGCUGGUGGAGGCCCUUCCCGACGAAACCCAACUCCCGAAGGAUCUCCUCAUCCACAUCAACCAAAUCUACGUGGAGGCAGUGAAGGGAAACACUGUGACUGAACUCGGCGUGUCAAUUCACCAGGAGGGCACCCUGAUGGGUUCCCGGGAGCACGCAGGUUUCCUUUUCAUUCGUCAAACAUUUCAGUGUCUCCAGAAAAUUGUUCUACCUCCACCUCCCUUCCUGGUGGGCCUCCUGGUACACCGUUGGGAGACACCAUGGGCCAAAAUAUUUCCUCUACGACUAGUUCUACGUCUCGGUGCUGAGUAUCGAUAUUAUCCCUGUCCUCUCGUAUCAGUUCGCUUCAGAAAUGCUGUUUACUUUGAAAUUGGUCAUACCAUCAUGAAAGUACUUGCUGAUUUUCGAAAUUAUGCGUAUACACUCCCUGGUGUUAGGGGAAUGGUAAUUCACAUGCAGGAUCGUACGACAGAUGUUUUAUUUCCUCGAAAUCGUUACGAUCAGGUCAUCAAGGGCCUCAAUAAUUCCAACGAUCAUGUACUGGCAUUUGCUGCUAAUUUUUCCAUUCACGUUGACUCACAUCUUGUUUGUAUACAGACUAAUACAGGUGAUGAGAGCAAUUAUCAAACCCAAGCUAUUAAUAUUCACAAUAAACCGAGAAAAAUCACUGGUGCGAGUUUUGUCGUGAUAAAUGGUGCCCUAAAAUCAUCAAUGGGAUUGUCAGCAAAAUCAAGCAUCGUUGAGGAUGGACUUAUGGUCCAGAUAAUGCCAGAAAAAAUGGAAGCACUCAAGGCUGCCCUAAAAAAUAUGCACGAUUUUACGAUUGAUUGUGGACGCCAGGGUGUACCUGAGCCUGAUGAGACUGUUAAUAUUAAGUGGGUGGACAAUGAUGUACAGUUCAAUCAGGGACUGAAGAGUCCCAUUGACAACAAGCCCAUGGAUGGUAUACCCUCGAUAAGAGUUCACAAUGGCAAUGAUUACAUGGGAACCAGCAGAUUUAUUCGGUGGACUGAAGUCUUUAUUAUUAAGUCGGAUGAUCAUCCCAAUGGUGUUCAUGAUCCUGUGGAUUUGAAUAAAUUGUCGGAGAGCAUUGCCAGGGCUACUUGUGCAGCGUUGGUGAAGCUUCUGGAUCUUCUGGCUGCUGCAGGACUGACGAAACUGGCGGUUAGAGCUACCAUUCAUCCGGAUAACGUCGGUUAUGAAGCUGGCAGCGAGGGCACCCGCUUGCCGCCUAUCUACAUGAAUAGUUUGGAUAAUGAACUUAUUCAAGUUCUCCAUAAAGCAGCCCAGAGCAGUCAGGAUGCCAACACAGUGUUGGAAUUAAUAUUUCACGUGUUGGAUGACUAAGGGAAUUUUUAUUAACAAUUUGUUGUACUACUUCCAAGUUGGUCCAAUUCAACAGAUUUUAGAGCUUAAGCCAUCCGUGUUGAUGAUUGCAAAAAAAGUGUGGAGGUCAGGAUGCAUUUCAAAAAAUAUCACACGCAACGAUUUUAUUAGAGGUGUCGUGUAGAUCAUUGUGAGUGUUUCAUAAACGAUUGGAUAUAGAUAUUUAUGAAAUAAAAACGUCGUAGUAUUAAUUUUAGAGAAUGUUUCAUUGUAAAUGUUCUUAUUGUGCAAUUUAUUAGUUAUAUUUUCCACGAAAAAUUGAGUAUUGAUUUUAGUUGGAUAUAUAUUUUGAAGUGCAGGUUUACUUUAUUGGCACCUAAAUUUGAGGAGCUCAUUAUGAAAUUUCAAAAUAGAUCUAACAUAUCUUAAAUUUUUUUGAGCGCAUUUGCCAGAUAAUACUCAAUUACUUUUUCGCCAAUUCUAUUUGAAUGCUCUUCCGAAAACAAAAUAAUAUACUUUUCGUAAAUUAUUCUAUUGUGAUAUUUUUUCAUUUUCUUGACGAAAAGAAAAGAAUCGAUUUAAAAAAAAUGGAAAAUUCGAACCGAUGGAGUUUUAUAAAAUAUUUUCCUUUGAAAGUAUAAUAGAAAUUCGGUAUCAAUUUUUGUCUCAAAAUUGCUCCAAGUUCGCUAGACCUACGAUAUGUCAGAUCAAUUUUAAUCCAGAUAAUGCAAAUAUAAUGAAAAACAUGGUCCACAUAAUGAAAAGUGUAAGUUAUGUAUAUAAAUUAUGGUUUUUUUGUAAUCCGAGAGUUUUAUCGAAGGACGUCGAGUACACAGGCUAUCGAGAUGACAAAUAUUUCGAAGUGAAUAGAAGAAAACAAUAGUUAUACAAUUGGUGAUAACAAAUGUAUAGCAAUGUUUUUAUAGAUCCGAAAAGAUCGAGUAAUGAUCUGAUGUUAUAUAGUUUAUUAUUUUUAUGAGGCAAUGGGGAGAACUGAACUCAUCAUUUGUAAAGUGUGAUUGUUGUGAAGAAAGAACUGAAAGUAGUUAAGUUCUUCGGAAAUGAAAAUUCGAAAUGUUUCAAGAAAAUUUCGGAAAAACCGCAUCUUUUUAUGCGUCGAAGACACACGUAUGGAAAUAAUUUAUUGACAAAUCUAGAGCAUUUGCUGGGAAAAUUGUUUUGCACUUGAAAUGAUUAGUGGAAAAUAGUUAAAUUUCCCAAAUAUAUUGAGUGAUUUUUUUUUCAAGAACAUAUGCAAUGAUAGAGAGAAAAUCGUGAUAAUUUAUGUUGAGGGAUUCUGUGAAAGAAAUGUCCGUAAAAAUAUUGCUAAUUAAUUAUUACUGAAAUUUCAAGUAAAAAUUCCCCGGCAACUGCUCCCCCGACAUUUUGUCAUUGGUACAUUCAUAUUGCCCAUGUCUAAGUGUUUAUAACAUUUUCUUGUUUCUUUUACAAAGUUGAAUAAAUUGAUUAUAAACUCCAAUAACAGUCUUAACAAAACAAGUAAUAAGACAAAAUCAUAGUUAAUACCAAACACCAAAAUAUAAUGUAUAUACCUUGAAUUAAUAAACUGUAAAUACGAUGAAAAGUUGAAAAAAAAAAUAUUCUUG